GCACCGGCAUCGUGUGGUAGAGAAAGUCGGCCCUCACAGGCCUGGGGUUCCAUUGGAAUUCUUGUUUCAACAUUUCUACAUGAGGAUAUGGAAGAUUCAAGUGUGAUUCACACGUAACAUAUAUUUUGUUUACUACAUUCCAACCUCUGCAAGCCUUAUCAUGUUGUAAGGAAGCCAGUCCACUCUGAUGGGCAAGCGGGUGGAAAAGGUUGGAAAUAACGACAUCGAGGCUGAAUAAUGCCCCGCACACUCCGAUUCGCCAUUCCAACCGUAUGGUACAUUUUAUCCGCGGUGACUCUUCAAUUGCCGGUUCCGCCACAAAAUUAAUCUCUUACUCGCGCUGCAUUGAAAUUCAAGUUUGCAGCUGGAAGCUGACGGGUCAACAUUGGCGGAACGAUGAGGGCGCGGUAGAUUGAAAAAAAGAAUUGACACCGCCCCAGCGGUCUAUAUAUCAAGAGGUUUGCUUUGCCAGCAUACACCAAGCGGGCUCAAAAAGUCCGCUCCAACACCCAGCAUGGCGGGGAGCACACAAUCAGACGAAAGCCAUGACACGGCUUUAUCUAUACGAGUCAGCCACAGUCCCGAUCGACCGGCUACCAUACAGAAGCAAGACGAGGCCGAAGCGCGGCUCCGGCGCAAAGUUGAUCUUCGCUUGUGUACGAUCGCGGGUGUUCUCUGCAGCUUGAACCUGCUCGACAGCGGCAUCAUCUCGUCUGCAUCGGUAACCAGCAUGCUGUCGGAUCUAGAUCUCAGUGGGGACAGGUACUCGGUCUCCAUAUUCAUCUUCACCGUGGCCUCGGUGUGCUUCCAACUUCCCGCGACUAUUUUAUUGCGGCUAGUCGGCCCCAGGAUAUUCUUCUCGACAAUCACCUGUGCGUUCGGCUUGAUCACCAUGUGCACCGCAGCCAUCACCAGUUGGAGAGAGAUGAUCGCAUUGAGGGUCCUGCUCGGCAUCUCAAUGGCUGGCAUAUAUCCCGGCCUCACCUACCUGAUCUCAACAUGGUACACCCGCAAAGAGCAGCAACUACGUUUCGCUUUACUACAGUCCGGCGAGGUCAUAAUACUUGCCACGGGUUCAAUCGUCAACUACGGACUCAAUCAUCUCGAUCACCGACAUGGCUUGAGAGGCUGGCAAUAUAUGUAUCUUGUCCAGGGAUCCAUUACAGUGAUCAUUGGGAUCGUCACUUAUUUCUGGAUGGUCGAUUUCCCCGACCGCUGCGAGAACUCUAUUUGGUUCUUGACCGAAGACGAGAAGACCCUGGCCCUGGCACGAAUCAAUGAUGACCGUCGAGAUGCCGGAAAGCCGGAGCCAUUCAGCCUCUCCGCAAUCUUUGUUCACUUCCUCGACCCAAAGCUGUACGUUUUCAGUGUACUAUUCUUCCUUCUGAACCUCGUCUCGACUGCCUUGUCAUAUUUUCUGCCAAUUAUACUGCAGAGCGGAAUGGGAUUCAGCACCAAUGAAGCGAUAUUGCUCUCUUCUCCACCUUACUACUACGCCGUCAUUCCGGUCCUAUUAUCAUCCCUUAUCGGGGACAAUUACCGAAUUCGCGCACCAAUCAUCAUCUUCAACUGUGUCACUCUGAUUGUUGGUUUCUGCAUGCUGGGAUUUCCUAGCCAAGUCACUGUUAGAUACAUUGGCACCUUUUUGGCCACCGGUGCCUACGUCUCAAAUUGGGCGGCGCUCAAUGCUUACCAGGCCAACAAUGUGGUAGGGCAAUGGAAGCGUGCGACCGUUGCAGCCGCCAUCUCGGCCUGCAACGGCCUCGGCGGCAUCGCUGGCAGCUAUAUCGUUCGUCAGCCAGAAGCGCCGAGGUAUUUGACGGCCAUCUGGGUGAGCAUUGGGAGCCACCUCCUGAUGAUAGGCCUUGUUACCGCAUGUACAGUAUGGUUUUGGGUUUUGAAUCACAGGGCAAAAAGGGGCGACUUUGUCAUAGAAGGGGUACCAAGCUUUCGGUAUACCUAUUGAUGAUGAGAAAAGUAUAGUUUUCAGAUAGAUCAAUGUCGAUACGGAGAGUAAGAACAAGUUGUUAUGGGACCAUUGCUUUCCAAGCA